GGAGUCCUCUCGCAAAAGAUUGAACAUGAUGCUGGCUCAGACGGAACAGCAGAUUUCUCAGAAGGCCGAGAUGGAGUUGGCCAAGAUCAGACAGAAGGAGACACAACUCCUACAGCAGGCACAUGCGGCAUUCAAGAGAAAGGACAAGAAACUGGCCGAGUUGGUAUUUGCAGAGCACACAAUGGGAAGGGUGCACGGGGAUAUGACUGAGGCCAAUCAGCUGGAUGUCUUAAAAAUACGGCAAGAGCUUCUGCAUGACUACAAGGAUGUGGUCAAGGAACUAGAUCAUGUAGGCCCUGAACUUUCCUUCAUCAGCUUUGCCGAGAAUCAGACAGAAACUGAGCUUGGCUAUCUGCUGCUGGAAGAAAAAUGGGAGUUAUUGAGUAACUCAAACAUCACUGGAGAACUGAUUGCAUCACUCUCCACAAAUGACGUGGUGGUGGUUAACAAAGGCCAACAGAACCUUACAAAGCUGAGUCCAGAUUGCAAGAUCCUUCACGUCUGCCCAAUCAGCCAACUGCAGGGUGAGGAUCCAGGGGCAGUAAAGCAGCCUGUCGAUUUUGAAGUCAACAAAGAUGACCAGUUCAUUAUUCUGUUUGAGUCCAAUGUCAAGAUCUUCAACAAGGAAUACCAGUUUCUCCAUCAGUUCAACCCAGGUCGAGAGGCAGACAUUGACAGCACACCGACAUGCCUUGCUGUGGAUGACAACAAUCUGAUAGCAGUGGGCUACAAGGACAAGGAACAAAUCUCUCUCCACAACCCAGACGGAUCCAUCAUCAGAGCACUGCCUGCUCCAAUGAUUGACAGUUACAUGACCAUCAGCAACCAACAGAUCAUU